AUGUCCAGCAAAAACUCGUUGAUCAAACUUAUAGUGGGGGCUGGCCAGGCCGCACCAACUCCACCAGUCGGUCCAGCUCUUGGUUCCAAGGGUGUCAAGGCUAUAGAUUUUUGCAAAGAGUUCAACGCAAGAACGGCCCAUUUCCAACCAGGAAUACCGAUCCCUGUGAAAGUUACUGUCAGGCCGGACCGGUCUUUCACGUUCGACAUCAAAACUCCAACUACUGCGUGGAUGCUUAUGCAAGCUGCUGGAAUAGAGAAAGGGCAACCAGGACUUAAAAAGUCCCCUAUCAAGCUGAGUCUCAAACACGUUUACGAAAUUGCCAAAAUCAAGCAAAAAGACGAGCAGCUGAAAGACGUGCCUCUACAAUAUAUUUGCAAGAGCGUUGUGGAAACAGCAAAAUCCAUUGGUGUCCACAUUGUUCCGUGAAUGUUGGAACUAUUUGUACAUAGCGAUCAUGAAGAGGUCGAACACGACUCGAUCUCGUAAUAUACAUAUGCGAAAUCACUCAUCUAGAAUUCCCGCUCUUGAAUCUCUUUUUGGAUUUUUCGUUCUUAGCAGGAGACCUUCUCUUUCUGUCUCCAAUCGACUUGUGAGUGAGUCUGGAGUAAAAGAGAACAUACGCACUCUCAUCGCUCAACGCAUCCCUGGCUUUGAUCUUAUUGAUGAACUCGUCGUCAUAUGUAGCCCAAGAUCCAUCUGGUUGUCUGCAAUGGGCUAUAUAGUGCCCAGAAGACACAGAGCGUCCCUGAUGAACUAUUACCGAGCUCAAUUUGUAUUUUGUCGGAGAAUUCAUUGAUGUUGUAUAUUCUGAUAAGUCCAAGGUUUCAGGAUACGUCACGUUGGCUUUGACUUUCAUUGACGAGGAACCAUUGAAACGGAAUCGCUUGAGAUGGACUGUCAGCGUCUCCGGAGCACGUUCAAUGGUGGAAAUUUUGAUCGCAUUGGUGGUCUUCUUACAAUUCUCGCAUGUGUAUCCCGACUUGUCCUUUUUGUCGGUCUUCAAGAGUUCAGGAGAGAAAAAGUCCCUGAUAGAGUUCUCCAAGGAGUACUUAUAGGUUGGCGGUGAGUGGGGCGGUUCAGGAAACUGGUUCGACUUUUCGCCGUCGUUGGUUUCCAUCGAUUGAGAACUUGAAUUUUGUGACUCUGAAGCUUCGGGCGUUUGAGAACGGCUCCUUCUUUCUUCUUGAGCGAGCAAGAUUUUCUGUUUCAGAAAAUCGGAAAGCUUGUUUUUCGCGUCGGGCUCACUGGAUUUGGCGGCUUCUAUCUUGUUCUUGAGUUCAAACAGCUGUUGAGGAUCCAGCAAACUACUGUUUCUCUUUUUCACGUUGUCCAGCCCGAGAGAUAAGUCAUAAAACUCCUGAGCAGUAGUGGAUAUAUGGCCACAGUUUUUGCAGGUGACCGAUUGGCUAAGGAGCCCUCCAAAAAUGUCAUAGAUUAUGCUUUGGUUGAGUUUGACACCUUUUGGAGUCGAGUCUUCUUGUAAGCGAGACAUAAGCGACAUGAAAUACUCGUGGGAGUCUUCUUGCUGCCACUCCGACAUCAUGCAAUUGAUGUCCCCCAGCCGUUUAAUGAGACGUUUAGGAUUGAUUGUGCGCACUUUCUUUUCGCCCUUAUUAUCCAGCUUGUACAUUUUGGCAACAGUGUCGGCCAAAAUUUGCGUGACAGAAGUUGGACUAAUCGAGUCCUUGUACUUGUGGUUGUGAACAUCGACAAGAUAAUGCAGAACAGCAGGAAUAUGACACAUGGCUUGCACUGCGGAAUUCAUGUAGCAGGUCACGCCAUGGUUCAACAGUCCCAGGGGGCCUGGCUUGUUUCUAAACUCUCUCCAAGACUUAUAUAUCCUUGUCGAACCAUUUGACCCCCUAUCAUUGUAGUUUUCGUCGAAAUCAUAAAAUUCCGAGUCGUCGUACUUCGAAUGCACAAGUUCCCCUUUGAUUAAAUCCGCCGGAUCCUCGGGAGAAGUCGGCGGUGUCUCUUUGCUCUUUGACGAAAUCUUGAAGUCCUCGUCUUUAGUGUUUAUUUCAGCUUUGAUCUGACGUAAAGCAUCACUAUCCAGUUCCUCAUCUUCCUCGUCAAGUCCCUUCUGAGCAUCUUCUUUCAAGUCUCUUUUCAGCUGCUCCAUGUCUUCAGAGUCCUCAUCUGACACAUCUGAAAAACCAACGGAGCCUUCAUCCUCAUCAUCUUUUUCGUCGGCCGUCUGAAAAUUCUCGUCGCUGCUUUCUUCAUCAUCAUCAUCUUUUUCUUCUUCUUCUCCGGCCGCAUUGGUGUAUUCGCUGUCGGAAAGCACCGGCUCUUUGCUGUCGUUCUGCUGCACCUUUUGUUUCUUGAGUGGUUUCUGCUCGAGUUCUUUUCUUUGUUUCUUAGAAAGAUAUCUUUUACCAGUGUAAAGAGCUACCGCUUCAGCCAUCGAUUUCGG